GGGAGCUGGAGUCAUCCCAGCAGUCAGUAGACAAGGUCAGGGUCGAACCCUAAAGGUCAAGUGUGGUAACCACAUCUUCCAGAGUGUGAACUAUUGGUGAUUUGUAGCUUUUAAUUUACAACUGGGUGGGCCCACUUGGCCCGGGGCGGCAAACACGCCAGGACCGCCACUGCUGGAGCAAGGCGUGAUAGAAAGUCACUACUGAUUCUGAAAAAACAGACAAAUGAAUAAAAAGGAAAACGCUUUAAAGCAUGAGAGAAAGAGGGAGAGGCGGUUGCAGCCUCAGCCUCAGCAGCAUCAGCAGCAUCAGCAGCAUGGUUUGCGCCAUCGCAGGAGCAACGUUAGGAGGGAGGAGGAGAAGAGAGGAGAAGGCGGCUGUGUGACCAAUAAGACGGAUAUUCCAGUUGUAGCUUGUGCACAUGCCCGAUGUCGUCAUAGGGGAAACCACUGCCGUGCUGCCUCACAGCGCAGCCUUCACUAAAAUGGAUGAGCGCAGGUUGGAGGUCCGGACCGAUGCGGAAACAUCAACAUUCAAGCAACUUGAUGGCGAAAACUAGAGGAUCCCUUUUAAGAUGACACGCACAGACCCACCUAACAUACUAGCUUCAACUGUGCAUCGAGACAUAAAAGUGAUUCCCAUUUGUACACACUACAAGUUCCUGCAACCCUCCGAACAAUGUGAUUUUAUAAAUUCCAACACACUGGAGGACAGUAAGAGCAAAGUCAAUAAGAGGCACUGCCAUACCUUUGACUAUAGGUCACUGGAAUAUCCAAGAUCACACCAAUACACAAUGGAGUCCCCAUACAGAAAGGCAGAAAGGCAUGCAGCCAACCCAGAUGUAGCCUGGAAUGCCCUGGGCCGCCAACAGAAAUAUCGCUUUUCUGCUCCAGACAUUUUUAGUCAUAGGUUAGCUUCUCAAACAAUGGCUGCUGACAUGGCCAGUGAGGUAGUUGUCCAUGAACACAAAAGAAGGACACGGUCCAAAAGUGCUACUCGGGCCCAAGCCAGUCUCACCCCUGUGUCUUUCGAAGGAUACACGGCCUCGGAGAGGAAGGGAAGGGAGUUCCACAGGGCUACAAGAGACAGCCACGGAAGGCCAGAGGUAUCGCCACGCAGGGAACCGACAUAUGCAGCUCGGGCUCAUAUGCAUGAAGUGCAUCCUAUCAAGUUGCAGCCUCAGAUGGGGGAAAGCAGUAGAUAUUCGACUCACUAUGCUGCUGAUAGUGCCGAGGAUGGAGGGAUCGAUAAACCAGCAACUUCUCCUCAUGUCAGAUGUCGGGUGGAUAUCAAACCAGAUGAUGCAGCAAUACAUCAUUCAGGAAAAAAACAGUCUACGCCACAGGUGGACAUACCGUGGCAGAGGCACCACAGUGGAGGCAGUAGGAGUCUAACUGUACCACGUCAUUUCUCCUACUCAAGAACACCAACACCCACUGACUCAUUAGGUACCGAGAGUAGACAAGCAUAUCAAUAUUCCCGUAGCAUGCCAAAUAGUUACUUACAACCUGUUGACCUUUCCACCUCACAAAGAAUGCCUCCGUCAGGUGAUUACUAUGGAAGAGAGAGAAGAGCUCACUCCAGUCCUAAUGUGCCAACAAAGUUCUUUUAUGCCGACACCCCAGCUAGAUAUGUUACCACUGUUCCUCCUCAACCAAGCUCUUACUACCACGAUGAACGUUACACGCCAGGACAAGCGUACUCUCCGAAAGUGCAGUAUGUGCAAGAUCCCAGGAUUCGAAUGGUGCAUGCGGUGGCUUCACGACCCUACUACCCUGAGAUGGAGUCCUAUUCCUACUCAAUGCAAGCCGGAUAUCCCAAAUCCUAUACAGCUAAUGAGCCGGGGCCAUACAUUAUACAGACCCCUCCUUCUAGAACGUUUUAUGGCGAGGAUCCAAGGUCUUAUCAAAUCCAGACUGCUCCACCAAGGUUUUAUUAUCCUAGUGACAUGUACGCAAUGCCACCUGAGCACCACGUUCCAUCUAGGGCAUACUACACAGAGGGUCGGAGACAUGCCAGAGUUGUUCAAGCGCCGACAGAUGAUUGGUAUGGCUCGGAUGCGUCUGGUUACUCCACUAAUCCUGCCUCCUACGUGUCACAAGUCACUCCAACCAGAGUCCGACAAGAGCCCGUGUUGACAUCUUGGUAUGCUAACCCUUGUGUAGAACCUCAGAAAAUUGGCAAUGAUUCAAAAUCACAUUCUAGAUCAUGGGACAACAUUCUUAACUAUCAUGUAGAGAAGGAACAACCUCUUCCUGUGCAACGACGACAAAGCUAUGAUGAUAUUCUUGACUCCAGGAAGCCUUCCGCAGCUCUGGGUGACAAACCAGUGGUUGUCAACCUCUCCAGCUCACCUAGACGCUAUGCGGCCUUGUCAAUGUCAAGUAACUCACUAAUUGACAAAAGCCCUACAGAAGUGUCGAAGGGCAGUACCAGUAAGCUCUGGUUCGUCACACCUGAAAUAACAAUCACUGAUAACGACAUUCAGUCGGGAAACCUCAAGAUGGCUGAAGGCCGGUCCGCCAGUUGGGACGUUCUUGACUCAAGGAGUGCUAAAGUUCCAGACCUAUCUCAGUGUGACAUUGAAAGCUCAACCAAAGAGAAGACACAUGACAAUGCCUCAUUGCAGCAAAGCCUAGAACAACUUGAUGAGCUUCUGGCAGACCUUGUCACAGACUACAAGCCGCCUAGCAGAAGGGCCAGUGAAGACAUUUUGGAUCAGUUGAAAAAGUUAAUUGACGAGGAAGAAGCAGUAUCCUUGGCCAGAAAAAGCUCAAAGGUCGGGGCAGAGGAACAACUACCUCUAGACAAGCAGCCAACCUCCAUUAGAAUGAAUCCUGAUGCUUUUCGAGAUAUGGACGGGGCGAGUGACGCAAUGAAGAGCGCUGAUGAAUGCUCCCCAGAUCAGAGCCCGGAUGAGGAUGACACGAUGAUGUGCUCCAACUACAAAUGUCAGAGAACAGAAACACUUUUCAAUGCGUGCUUAUAUUUUAAAUCCUGCCACAGCUGCUACACGUACUACUGUUCCCGUAACUGUCGUAGAGAGGACUGGGACAUCCAUAAGGAAAGCUGCUUGUAUGGCCGAAUUGGCAGUACAUGCCGUCACAUCAUCAAACAUUGUAGAGAGACAGUUGAAGUCCACAAAGCCUUCUCCCGCAUUGCCAAAGUUGGCUACCUUUCCCGUGGAAGAGGAGUUCUCUUCCUUGGUUUUCCAAAUCCUGCAGCGUCCAGUAAUUUCUUACAGUAUGGACUGGACAGUCUGCAAAUGUCUCCCACGUAUCUGUCCCUCCGGGAGCUCGAGUGCUUCAAAGACAACCUGGGAGAGUACUGCAAAGAGCUGCAGCAGGCUGGCAAAGAGUACGACCCCAAUGAAUGCUUCAUCUUGAAUGUAUCAAUUGCUGUUGGUGAGCAAUUACCUGAUGGGCCUUCACCGAGGAACCAAGCUCCUACUGUGAGAAAAUAUGCAAAGGUCGCCCUGGCCUCUUUUAGCCCAGAGCGCAAGGUUCACAAGAAAGAAAGUGACAUGGAAACCCUGAUCCUGACUCCACCACCUGGCACAGCUGAUAUUGAUAAAGAAGGAGAGGAAGGCAGAAAGGCCAGGGAAAUCUGUUUUAUAAAUAUACAGCGAGAGCUGCGAAUCCGAGGGAUUUACUUACGCCACGAAUACCCACAGGUAUACAAGCAGCUUUGUGAGUUUGUGGAGAGUAACAAAAGGUUCACACCCACAACUAUAUACCCCACUGAUAAAAGGACCGGUAAGCAGUUUAUGUGCAUGAUUAUGGCUGCCUCUGAGCCCAGGACAUUGGACUGGGUCGACACCCCGCAUCUUCUUGAUGACAUCAUUUAAGUGCGCCUUUUGUUGUAAAUAUAUAUAUGUAUAGAAAUACAUAUAUAUUGUUACACAUAUUUAUAUUUCAAUCCAAUCAGAAACACUUGUAGAUAAGUAUUUUGUUAUUAAAAUGAUAUAUAUUCAUGUCUGCUUGGUCAGUAUUAGUCUUUCAGAGAAUAAUACCUGUCAGUUGGAGAAUGAGUACAUCACAAUUCAGUUGUUUUUUUCCUUUAGGCCCAGGUUACACUUCUGUGAUCCUCAGUCUGUUGUGAGUGCUGAGACGUAUUUCCAUUCAUUAAAAUCAAGUUUUUAUUUAUUUCUAAAAAAACUUCAUGUGUGUCUGAUCGUGUCAAACACAUGAACUAGUACAGUUGGAAACUUCAACUUCAAAGUUCUUUAGUCACAAAAGCUAAAGGUCUACACAUAGGAUUUAUGUAGACUCAUUCAUGUGUGCAAUGGUGUUUUUGUGGUACACACAUACAGGAAAGUAUAACUUGGGCCUUGUCAGCGUCACUUCACCUCUCUGUCCUGAGGUCAUGUUCAGUUUUUUUUUCAACCCAUCUCUGCUGGUAGGAAGUACCUAAGAUGACAUCCUGAUGCUUGAGUUUUUAAAUUGUUACCAACAGUUGUAUGUCUUUCAUAACUUAGCCUUUCUAAAUGACAAAGGCGACCCCCGGAAAACUGAGUAUGAAUAUUUUUUCAUAUGCAGUACACCUGUCAUGGAUAUACUUUUCAGAAAAUGUGAUUACUGUUAUUUUCUUAGAUACGUACUUUCUAUGCAAAAUGUCAUGAUC